UGUUCAUCCUAUAGUAGUAUAUAUACACACUUGGCGCAGGUUCCAUACUAGCAACUGUUCAACAUAACAUCCCCCGCUUUCAUUCUAAUACAAACAAAUAGAGAUGAGUGGAUUUAAAUUUGAUACGUAGCUUUUUUCAGAUAAGCGUGUAAAUUAAAGGUAAAUAUAUAGUACGAAACCAAUAAAUUGCAAAGAAUACGACAGUUCUUACGUACAGGGAUGGUAGGGCGCGGCUUACACGGACGACCACUCAGGUUCAGGUGCAUGCCAAUGCGGUACUGCCUCAAUUACUACGUAGCUCAUAUAUUGAUCUUACAUUAGAGUUCGACCAAAAUAGAAAAUAAAUUUUUAAUUUUGAUUUCACUGUGCAGCACUCUGUUUUGUUUCUUUCCUAGCGACAUAACAUAACAGUGUAACUCUUUUUCUUCAACAGUGUCAGUGUUUUGUUUUUCUUCAUAGUCCUACAUGGUUUACUUUGCAUAGUAAAUCUAUUUCAUGAGUAUUAUUUUUGUGCAACAUUCAUGAGUAUUUAAAGAGAUAUUUUAAUGGUUUAUUAUGGUCAAAAUGUAAAAAAAAAAAAAAUUAAAAUGUUGCUUUUACAGUUAACGCUCACAUCACAAUUUACGUUUAAAACUUAAAAUUCUCCAAUAUUUUGGAGUCAGAGAGGCCUUGUUUUAAAUAUACAAAUUCAAAUAGUUUUUAAUAUUAUGCAAACACAAACAAAGUAAAUAUUCACGGCGUAUGGUCGGCUUGGACAAUUACUAGGAUAUUUUUUGCGUCUUUUAUAAUGCUUGUCCCCUCCAUUUGAGGACUAUAUUAACUAAACCCCAUCUUUGCCUCUCUUCUACAAAUUCAAAGCCUAUAAGCAAACUCUUCCAUUUCUUGCACUUUUUCUUGGUUUGUACACUGUAUCGGACUCACUAAGAGAGGAAACCAAUCAAUGGAACCAGAGGAGAAUAGCACGUGCCAGACUUGCAAAACUUUUGGGCAAAAGUGCAGCCAUGUCGUGAAGAAACAAAGAACCAAGUUUUAUAUCAUUCGCCGUUGUAUCGCUAUGUUAAUCUGCUGGCGCGACAACAACAGCGACCGCAACGCCUCUUGAUUGCUCUAAACGUAUAGUUAUUUGUUACCAUCUUAAUUCCAAGUCGCAUAAUGCAUGGUAAACUGUUUUUUUUUUGUUAUCCUGUAUUCUCAUCUUGAUAUUUUUACAAUAAUAUAUAUGCAUAUCAAUGUGCUACAUAAAAUGCAAAGGUUAAAAUUGUGUGUUUGUUUUGUUGAUUUCAGUGUGUAGCUUUUGAAUAUUGGUUGUAAAUUUUUGUUUGGUUACUUUGAAUUCGUGAUUACAAGUGUAACUUCAGUUUACGUCUAUUAAUCUGAGAUGAAUUAAAUAAAUAUGGCUAACACAUCUAGUUUUAAGCAGUUGUAUAUGAUGAUCAGAUCUGAGUUACGUUUAAGACACUCUAUCUUAUAGAGAAAACAAUACUUUUUUUUGAAAGCUGAGAAAACAAUACUUGCAAGGUAUAAACUGGAACUGUUGUACUUGUAUGUAUUGGUAACGGUUGAUCUUGAAUCGGGAAUUUCCAAAACAAAUCUUUAGUCACGUAUUGCAAGGAUAACCUUUGAAUCAUGAAAACAUACAGUCCUACUCUCCAUGUCUUAACAUUUGUUACAAAGUAACUCUGCAUAUGUAGAAAUAUAUGAUACCGUAAUAGAAAGCGAAGUUUGUUUUGAGUAUAAUUUUUUCAAAAAUAUAAUGUUAUGAGAAGGCAAAAUAGAAUCCAUGAAUACACAUUAGAUCAUGAAAUAAAUCACCAAAUGCCCCAAUUCAUAAAUUUAAAUUCCAAACAAAAAAUCACAUUAAAAUGAUUAGUAAAAAUUAUCUUCUAGUAUUUUACAUCCUUACCACCAUCACUGCAGUUGUCACCAACAACCAUUGUCAUAGGCCUUUGUAUAGUCGUCGCGGUGAUUGUGGCCAUCAUAACAUAAUAUGGUUGCAGAUUACCACAACCACCAUGAUCGUACAAUGCCUAAUAUUUGAUGUGGUUGCAGUGCUUUUUCUAUAUAAUAUUUCGGUUAACAAUUAUAAUGUGUUGCAAUAUUUUAAUAAAGUGAGGGUUGUUUUGCAUUACUCUCGUAAAUCAAGAUUCUUUUUAAUCACUUGAUGGUUGUAUACUUGCAGACGAAAUUUAGAUUGCUAAGAAAUGUAGGAUUUGAAAGCUCCUUAAUAUACUUUUUUGUGUGACUAUGCAGAUAUAGCUUAGAUUGUUUACAGUCAUUUGAAAAUCCGAAAAAAUGGUCAGUGGAAUGUAUUUUUAUUUGAAAUUAGUGCAAACUCUUUCAUACAACCAGGAUACUCCAGAUUAAUUAAAAAUGUAGUCUUGGAAAAUUGAAUAAUUGGUCAACAAAACCCAAGGAAACCAAUGCUAUUUUUCUUCUAAAAUAACAUACCUGCCUGAAGCCCUAAAAUACUUGAAAUAGAUGAAACGUGAAAAAUUUCUGGCCUUUUGUAUUUUAAAAAACUAAUUUCGUUGUUUUAAAGUUGAGGAUUUAUAUUAUAUAAAUGUUUCUAUGUUAAUUAUAUCACUGAAUGAAAACAAAAAUAGACACUGUCUUGUAUCCUAAAGAUAGAUAUUUCUCUGCUUCAUAAUGUAACACAUCAUCAAAUUUGGAGUCGCAGACUGCGUCUCUUCUGCUAGGUGAUGUAACACAUCUUUUUUUUAACUAGGUGAUAUUCUUUUACUAUAUUCUUGUCCUUUUCUUUAUGAAAACUUGUACAGAACUUCCUUUACCCAGUAGCUAGAUUUUUUUUUUCCAACUGAAUUAUAUUAGAAAACAGGUCCGCAGCCCAAAGCCCAAAUAGAAUUACAAAGACCAAAAGGCCCAACCACAAAGCCCAACUAAAACAAAACAACCCGGUUAGGCCCAAGCAAACCCUCGAACCCAAACACCCGACGCGCGGUUCGCCCUACCUCGAGAAGCAAACCCGCAAACGUCGCCACCACCGUAAGCACUUACGCCGGAGAACGGACGCUUCUUACCGGCCACUAUAGGAACAUGCCUCACCGUGACAAACCGGAUCCCAUGACCUACCAACACUCUUCAUCACCGCCGUCUUGUACUCUAGAUAAGUCUUUACCGGCGAGAUCAAUCGCCGGAGCGAGAUCAUCACCACCACCGUUCGAGCACACACCAGAGUAACAACCACGGCUCACCGAACAUCACCAACUUGAUACGGUCGCUUCUCUCUACCUCCAACGAGAGAAACACCCACGGAACUCAAACAUCACCAAAGCCCAAAAGACCAACACUAAGGCCCUAUAAACUAAUAUUAAAAAUUAAGCAGAAGAAGAAAAACCAGAGCCGACGAGGCAAGGAACAGGACGCCUUCACCCCUCGGAGCAAGAUCCGACGACGCAGAGCUGUGAGAGCCUCUACCUCCCGGAAGCUUUGCCGGCGACGCAGAGCUGAAAAGAGCCUCCACCCCCCGGAAACUUGAACGGCGACGGCGGAACUAAACGAAGCCUCCGCCUCCCGGAAUGAAACCUAAUUUCAACCCAAAAAACUAACAAGCUGUCGCGACGAGCCUCGUCCUACCUCACCACGAAUCCAGAGAAAGGGAGCUUACCGCCGUUUGAAACCCUCCGUAGACGGUUCUCUCCCGGCGAUAAAACCCUAAUCCAGAUCCGAAAAUAUAUCGGUUAGGACAGCAGAUCGACGCACACAGAGGGUAACCUAGCGAGGAUCGACAACUAAGGGAACCACCGGCGCCGGCACGCGCGCAAACGCGCCGCCGGACGUCGGUGCUUUCCUCCCACGCGUUUCUCUCUUUUCUCUCUCUCUCUCUAAGUCUCUUUCCUUAUGUUUACCCAGUAGCUAGAUAUGAAUUUUCCUUCUAUAAAUAGUUUUAAAUGAAAACAAUGUAUAGACUCGUAGAUGUUCUUUUGCUUAAAUUUCUUCUUACUGAUUUAGUAAACCGUUAUUGUCACUUGUCGAUAAAAUACUUGUCAGUAAUACACUAAAUCGGGUUGAUACUGACUACCCAUUUGGAUUAUGACAUGUGAGAAGUAUCAAAUUUUACCUUGGAUUUUUAAUAAUCAGAAUAUCACAUGAAGGUUUGAAUUUGGAUUAUGCACAACAAUAUUACUAUAACCCACUAGAGUAAUCAUCUUGAACUUAAAGCAUAUAUAGAUAUAAUAAAAUACAUGAAAAAAAUCCAAAAGUCAUAUGAACAUGCACUCAUAAGAGCAGACCCAUAGCUGAGAAACUCAAUUACAGUUUCUCAAAUGUAAUGUAUUAUUAUUAGACUUAUAUGAAAUAAUUAAAGUUUAAUUGAAAAAAAAAUACUCAAAAUGAGAAAUGUGGCUAAAGGAAGUUCUGGAUACGUUUUCAUAGUUUCUCACUGAGAUACUUGUUUUUUUUUUUUUUUCUUUCUUCUACUUUAUAUUUUGAUUAUUGUUUUUUUUUGGUUAGAUACUGGGUAAAACCACACUAAUGAGCAUAUUUUAAGGGUUGAAAAUAUGCAAUUUUGUUCAUAUAUCUGCAUCUACAACAUCCAUGCAUAUACAUAUUAAUGACUUCAAUAACAAUACGAUAUACCUUGAAUCUGAUCUGAUAGCAUCAACUAUGUUUAUUUGGCCUAAGACCUCAAGUCCAUUAAUGAUAUGGUUUUAUAACGUACAAUACUCUUAUAUAUAUUGUGAUUUUUUAAUUAUCUGAUAUCACUUGCAAUAAUAUUUUUUGGUCUGUGGAUAUAGCCUUCAGUGAACCAUAUUAAUUUUCUGUAUCGUUUUUAUCAAGCGGAUCACCACAUUUCGAGAUUAAUUGAGGUUAAGAAGUUAUUCUCAAUCACUGUUUUUUUACACGCAUUCACCUUAUAUAAAAGUCAGUCUUAAGUGAUGUCGACCCAAAAGCAAAGUAAGUGAUAACAUCACUCUAUUAAUCGAGGUUAAGAUUAAGGAAAUCAAAUCACACUCAAUGACUGUUUUUUAUAAGACAACCGAAGUGAUGCUGACAUGGAUAAAAGCAGCUAAGCGAUAAUAUUACUCUCUGCUAAUGGACGUUAAGAAAGUACUCUGCAGAACUGUUUUUAUCACACGCUUACACAUCAUUUAGUGCGGCUGCAAGUUCAGAGUAUACUGAAAUUUUCCAGCCAUAGAAAAGGAAAAGAUAGUGGAGUAACAUAGACUGACGCAGCGUAGGAAGUUCAGUACGACCUAUAAAAGCCCGACCCACGUGAUCUUAGUCAAGAUCAGU